GGGGCUCGCCGCCCGGCUCCUCCUCCGCGCCGGGCCAGGCGGCCGCGGCCUUUCCCGGCAGCUCGUAGGUCUCAGGAAGAGGAGCAGCUGGAGGAAGAAGCGCGGGGGCUGGGCGGCUCCUAGGGUGCAGCAGCGUCGCAGCCCGCAUGGAGCCCAACGUGCGCUUCUGGAUCACCGAACGCCAAUCUUUUAUUCAAAGAUUUCUUCAGUGGACAGAAUUAUUGGAUCCUACAAAUUUGGUCGUUUCAAUUGAAAAAAUAGAAAAAUCAAGGCAGCUAUUGUUAACACACGAAGAUGCAUCCGGAAGUGACCUGGAGGACAAAAGGGUACAAGAAGCUUGGAAGAGAAGUCUCUCAACAGUGCAUCCUGACAGUAGCAAGCUGAUCCCUGGUCCUUUUCGACCUGCAGCUCUCCUGCCUUUCACGGCGCCCAUGGUAUUUUUGUCAAUGCUGCCAGUAAAAAGUCUAAAGUCCAUGAUUUUACCUCAGGUUUCCUUCUACACGUACAGUACAGUCUUCAACAUUGUCAAUGGAAAUGCAAGUUAUGAUCGUCGCCCCCAUGAGACUAUCUUAGUAGGAGCAGGAGUGAUUGCUUCGUCCACCUUUUUUGGAUUAUUCCCUCGUUUGCUCCAAGUAAGAUUUUCACUGAAUAGCAUUUUGAGCAGAAACGUCAUUCCUGUCGUCAUUCUCGCCCAACUCAGUGGAAUGAAUGUGGUCGCAUCGAGAAGUUUGGAGCCCCUGCGAGGAAUUGAGGUCAUGGACAAGGACGGCAGUGUCAUAGGCUACUCCAGAAAAGCUGGGACAAAGGCCGUUAAAGACACAGCAACAUCCAGAGUUGUGCUGUUUGGGACCUCAGCUUUUAUCCCUGAAGUCUUCUCAUACUUUUUUAAAAGGACCCAGUUUUUCCUGCAGUGUCCGUGGUCACUGUGGACCCUAAAGCUUUCUUGUACUAUCCUUGUCAUGGGACUCAUGGUGCCAGUUUCUUUCAGUGUAUUCCCACAGAUUGGACGGAUACAGUGCAGUGAGCUUGAAAAGGAAAUUCAGUCUGCAACAGAAGAAACAGAACUCUUCUAUAACAGAGGGGUGUAGGGGUGAGUUUUAGGUGAAUUUGUUUGGUACCUGCGUGAAAACCUUCCUCCAAGGUUUCAGUUUGGACAACCCUGCCAGGAGUGUCCUGGAACCCCCAGAGGUGUCUGCACCAACAGGAUGGCUUCCGAUUACGCACGCCAAGACUGUUUUGAGGCUGAUCGUGCCUAGGGUUAAACAAGCUUGGGUGGAAGGAGAGAAACGGGGGCUGUCCUGUCUAACCCACCACACGGGGUUGCUGAGGGGAUGAAUGUGUGAUGUAAGAUUCAGUUUUCUAUUCGUCAGCCUGUGAACGGAUACUGUGAACUUACUAGUAAACUUUUCUAAAGUUGAGUAUUGGAAAACGAAGGAGAAAGGUCCACCAAUGCCCGCGUGCCCAAGGCACAGCAUUAAACUGAUGGCCCAUCCCGAGGUGUACACGUGGGGAGCCAAUGAAGGCCUCCAACCCCCAAAGCAAUCCUGUGUCCCUUCUCAGCUUACUCCUGUUAGACAGCUGCUUAAAAUCUUUGCCAGCUGCUGCCCAGCUGCUUCUUUCUCCUCAUUGGCAGGUGACCCUGUCUCCUCCUGCACUGUGAAAGCCAAGGCUAUUGGCCUCCUGGCUCCAAACCUGCUGACCUCCCUCCACACACGCCGGCCUCCCCUCCUCCGUGCAAAGUCAGCUGUGCCCUGGGCUUGAGCCCGACCCUUCCUGUUUGCUCAGGGCCUUUGCUCUGCGGCCUCCUCUGCCCCUCUGGCUCCAGCCUCCCCGCUCUGCUCCUUCGUAGCAUUUCAACUGCUUGAGUCACCUGCCUCAUGCAAAAAGCAAAACCCCCCCUUUGUAGCCGGACUUUUUCAGAGAGUUUUCUACCCUCACUGUUUCCACCCCGCCCUCCACUGCUGAGACUGCCGUCAUCCGUGCCCCCACAGAUGCUGGCCAUACUGCCACUGCCCCCUGUGCGGGCCUGUCGUGGGGCUUGCUCUCCCCUGCCCAACAGGCCCACGUCCAGCGGCCCCCUGCGCUUCGCCAUCUGGAUGUCCACUUGAGACCAUCUUCCCCUCCCAACCUCAGGGAACGGCACCACCGCGUACCAGUUUCGUCAGACAGGAUCACUGGCCUUGGCCUUACUCCCCCAUCGCCCCACCCCAUUCAGCACUAUUGGGCUGAGUCUGUUAAGUCUCUAGAACUCACCCCUCCGCGUCCACUGCCCAGCCCAACAGCAUAUCCCCUGCUGGUGUCGCUCAUCAGUCCAUCUCCAGCCCGCUCUUCGAAACCACACCUGCUUAAAAGCCUUAAAUGGCUUCCCAGUACAUCAGGAUCAAGUCCAAAUUCCUUGCCAUGGCAGGCGGGAGCCUUUACCUUAUUCAUCUCUUGCCACUCCCUCUCCUCACUCUGGACUGACAUCCAGUUCCUCAGAUGUGCUGUGGUCUCUCUUCUCUGGCCUUCCCACCAGCUGUUCCCUCUGUUCUGGGCUAACUCCUCCCUGUGCUUCACGUCUGACUUGGACGUCAAUCACUCUUCUCCAGGAAGCCUUCCAGGAUUCACAGAACUGAACUAGGUGCCCUUCCAAUGUGCUCCCAUAGUGCUCGUAUCAUGCCUAGCACGUGCCACACCACGUGCAAUCCCGUUUGCUGAAGCUAUGUGCCCAUAGACUGUGCACCUUGACAGCAGGAACUGUUGUCUUGGGCAUCAAGGAAGCCCCAGGAUACGCAGUCCACGGUGUAGAGUAGGUACCCAAACGUAUGCGUACUGGAUGGAGGGCUGUUUCCAACACACCCUGCCCCAAGUCCUCUAAGAAUGCACCUGUGGCUUUCAGUUUUCCCUAGGCCACAAUGACGGUUAUCUCCAAAUUGGGUAAAAGAUGUUUCACAACAGCCUAAAAGGACAAAAUCAGUAAAAGUGAUGUAUCAUUCAGCUCCAUGUAGCCACAGGCUUAUACUAAACAAACUUAACAAAAUGUGCAAUGGCUCCAAGUGGAGGUUCAGCCACUGACAGAUAACUGAGUAGUAAUGUGAGAGCAUCUUUUCAGAGAAGGCACUUGGACCUUACAGUCAGCUCCAGGAAGUGCGGGGUGGAGGAGGGCCGGGCAGAGAGAGAAGGGCUGAGCCAGUGGUGGAAGGAACCAGACUGCCUAACUUUCAAAUCGGUCUUUGGAUAAUUCCCCGGUGGGUUUGCAGUUGACUUUUAAAAAAGAGUUUUUUCUUUUGUUUGUUUGCGGUGGGGAGAAUUAGAGAAAGAGGGCACAAUUUUUCAUAUGCCUAAAACUGCCGAGUAUCAAAAUAUUUCAUUUUAUUUCUGUAUCAUAAAUUUGUCAUUUUAACAACUUUGAUCAUUAGCUAAUAGAGUAAUACAAAAAAAACACGGGCAAAAAUGAUGUUAGUAUUCAUUCUCAUAAAGUGCAGAUUUAAUUUUCAAUUGUUGGCCUCAGUAAACAUCAUCUCAUUUCAAAUCCUCCCCUGCCCCCACCCAAGGAGGGGCUAUUUUUAAAAAUUUUUCCCUAACAAAUGUCUAACACCGGGAAUAAAUGAACGAUCCAAUAAAGACAAGCUUUUUUGCAAACAUUUUUCUGGGUAAGAUUUCUAAGGCCAACAGUACUGAGUGAAAAAUAACCUUUCAUAAUGAAUAUGAACACAUAUAAUAAGAACAUAAUUUAGACCCCCAUGCUUAUUUUGCAAUUUUUAGGUCUCCAAUUAUGAAAAAGUUACCUAACUAAACAAAGAACGGUUAUCUUCAUACGUGGCCAAAUUAUUUUUACUGAUGUUGUUUGAAGACAUUCUCUGGUUUUGGCCUUUACAAGAAGUUAAUUCUCACACUCUCUCACCAAUUACAUAAGGCUGCUGUUUCAGCCAUAGAGACAUUUAUAUUCCAAAUGGGCUUUCUUCUUUUACUCUACUACAUAAGGACUGGCAUCUUUUUCAAAAGAAUAUUGCUAGCAACUGGGUUAAUUAAAGAGUACUCAUGGCUUAAGUUUGCCAAAUGCUUACCUCUGCAACAGUAUAAAUAUGGAUUAUUAAGUUGUCUACUCCAGUAUAAAAUCUAUGCAGAACCCUCAUACUACAGGCAAAAUGUUCAAAGGCUAAGGAAAAAAAAAUUCUUUUACAAGAAAGUGCAACUGCAGGGUCUUUUGAAUGAUCUUCUAGACGGUUCUGCAGAAAACUUAGUAGUUUGGCUCAAAGUAGAGUUCCUCAUGAGGCAUUAAAGUUCUUCCUAGAAGAAUACAAAGCACAAUUUCAGGCAGCUUUCUGAAAAUAAACCAUUAGUUUGUGGUUACACACUGAGACAAACUGGAACUUAUAAUAAUGAAGGCUUUCGGAUUUGCUGUGAUUUGCAGGAGAACUUGACAGAGCUGUUCUGCUCUUACUCCAGGACAUCAGGCUGUUUUAUAAUGUUAUAUAUAUAGGUGGUUACAGCACUUUGUAAACAUUGAGAGUAGGCAUGAAAUUAAUCAGAUAGGAGGAAAUCGGAAGUGUUUUCGUAUGUGUUUCAGUGCUUUUUCAGGUCAAAUUGCAAUGCUUUCAAAUAAAUCAUUAAAAAUAUAACAUUUUCUUUGUUAUUUCCAGUAUUUUACACAGUUAAUGGAUAAUCAUGGUGCUAGGGCUUUAGAUCAGUUAUCAGUAGUGAUACAUUCUGUCCCACCAUCAGAUUUUCAGCAUUUGUUCCGCGGCUGCUAGGUGGUAGAGGAAGUUUUCUGUUGCUGGUGGAAAUCGUCUUUGCUUUAGUGCCUCGUAAUUGAGCACUCGCUUUUCUCCAUCAUCCGAAACUUCUGAAAAUGGAGCCAGGUUGGUGAAGAUUUCUUUUGUUUUUAGGGAAAUAUCCUUUAAUAGAACAGGAAGAUACACAAUAUGUUAGUAUCAAAAAAAUCUGAGUUCUCCAGAAUUCUUCCUGCUAUUCUUUUUUAAGUUUAUCAGACUAACUAUAAAUUAUAAAAAAUGAAACAACAAAAAAUACAUGUCAUGGUUAAUUUUGAGCAGCGGUGACGGUGGGAUCGGUGGGGGCGGGGUUAACCAUUUUUAAAGUGUGUGCAACUCAGUGGCGUUUCAAAUGCGUUCACAGUAUUGUGCAACCAUCGCCACUGUCCAUCCCAGAACUUCUCCAUCAUCCCAAACCAAAACUCCGUACCCAUUAAACAGCAACUCCCCACCGGCAUCUCCCCAGCCCCUGGCGAUGACCAUUGUGCUUUCAGACUCUGUGAAUUGGUCUAUUCUAGGUACUUCAUAUGAAUGGAAUCACGAUAUUUGUCCUUUUUGACUGGCUUAUUUCACUUAACAUGUUUUCAAGGUUCAUACACGUGGUAGCACGUGUCAGAACUUCAUUCUAAGGCUGAGUAAUAUUCCACCACGUGUAUGUACUACAUUUUUUCCAUUCAUCCGCUGAUGGACAUCUGGGUUGUCUUCACCUUUUGGCCAUUGUGAAUAAUGCUGCUGUGGGACACGGGUGCACAAAUAUCUAUUUGAGUUCCUGCUUGCAGUUUUUGAUAUAUACCCGGAAGUAGAAUUACCAAAUCUAUGUUAAUGCUAUGUGUAACUUUUUGAGGAACUGCUAUUGUUUUUAGAACAAAUCUCUCCCCAAAGUCCCCUCCUGCCUGGGAUGAGUGACCCAGCACCUGUCGCAUGGGCUUUAUUCCCCUUCACUGACUGACAUUCCCCUCGGGUGGCUGAGGACUCAGCAGAGCUCGCCUUAAAGUCAUGUCUUUCUCCUGGUUUGCUGACAUCAUUAACUUAUUCAAAUACUGUGAACCUGUACAACAUGGUAGGCACUCUCAUCAUACAUUAUACUGAGUCAUCUGUGUAUCCCUUUUAGUCCAUGAAAAACACAGUAAUACAAAACUCAAAUUUACACAUUUCACUAACAUUGUUUUCCCUCUAAUG